GCAGGUUUGCGUCAUAUUCUGAAUCUGAAUGUGAAUCUGCACUAUACAUGUUAGAUCAUAUUCACACACACCUGAUUUCCCUCAACAUGGCAACCCCAGAGCUUCUUUUAUAAUUUUUUUUUUUUUUUAAAUAAAAAGUUACUUUGCUAGAAAAGUAAUCUGAUUACAUAACUGUUACUUGUAUCGUGUUGCAUUCAAGUACUGCUGAGUAAUAUUACUAUAUGAGUUUGGAUUAUGGUUACUUGCAUGUAAUCAUGUAUAGUAAUAAUGACACUAUAAUAAAGCGUUAGCUAAUGUUUUGGGAACAUUAUUAGAGGCCAGAUCAUGUUAAACAAACAUUAUAUUAAUGUUACGUUGAUGACUUUAAGGGAUCAGUACAUGGCUGUGGAGAUGCUCUGAAUGAAAGGGAAGGAAUCACUGAUUCUGAUUCAGCAGAGAAGCUGUUUUCAUGCAGUGUUUCUGUAGGAGGGUCGUGAGUUCUGUGAGCAGCUGCUCGUGUCUGAAUGUGAAUCUGCACUGCAGAGGUUCAACAGACCCGACGAGUCGAGCUCAGAGCUGAACUCUGCGUAUGGCAAGCCCUUUUAACGUUUCAUCUAUGAAACAUCCUGUAUGUAUUUGCCUUAGCUUCUGGUAGUAUGCUGGCUACUAGUACUUGCUCUUUAACUACCGCUAGCUUGUUGCAAGGUAAUAGCAUUUAACAUAAUACUGUUUGAUUAAUAAUAAUGUAUCUAAUAAUACUCUCUAGUAUAGUGUUAAGAAUGUUACUUUUAAAAUGUAAUAGAUCACAGAUUACGUAGGUAAUGGUAGGGUUACUUUACUAACUGCUUAAUUUUAAGUACUUUUUGAUAACUUUCAUCAGUUUCUAAUAGAUUCACAGCAUGCAGGGUUAUAUUACAGUAGUGUUGAACACAGGUGCACUUUUUGUGCAUUACUUUGAGUGUUCUCGCACACCCAGGAGCCUUGGAUCUUCCCUUUCUUCAAACAGAAAUCCUGGUUAGGAACAGGAGCCAUAGAUCCGUGAUUCUGUACCCCUUACCUAAAGAAAAACUGAAUUUCUGAACAUAAAACAAGUUUCAUAAAACCUAACAAAAGUCCUCUCUACACACACACACUUUAAUGUACAGUUAAGAUCACUAAAGCUGUUUGCCUCUCCCCAUGUGCUCCUGUGAUCAUGAGUCAGAAAAGAACGUCUCACCUUGAAAUGGUGCUUGAGAGCGACUCCCAAACACAGCACUGGACCGUUCCUUCAUUGUUUUUAAACAUUUUAAUUGAUUGCAAUAAUUAAAAAAAAAACAUACUGAACAAGGCGGCAUUAGGAAAACUUUCCUUUCCUUGAGGGCAACACGAUGCAGUAGAGUGUUCAGGUACUAGUACAUGUUAAGGAUUAAAUGUUUGAACGGCUUGCCAUAUUAGCGUGUGUGUGUGUGUGUGUGUGUGUGUGUGUGUGUUCUGAAUGGCUCCUCAACCGGUCAGAGUCAGCAGCAUCUCUCUGCACAGGUGACUAUGCCCCGUGUGUGUUUGAGGCAGAGGACACAUCUGUCUGCUUUAUUCUUUCACACUUUGUCCUGGGCCUGUUCAGCAUCCAUUGACCCCGCCCCCAAAAUUGACGGACAGCGGACCUCGUCAGUUACCGUACAGGAGAACGUCACUCAGCACUUCAGCUGCCAAUCAGAGGGCUGGGAUGCUCAAGCCCCGCCCCUACUCACCUGGUACCUGAACGGCGAGCGGCAGAGCGAGGUGACGGGCCGCCGGGGGGCGGGGCGUCUGGUGAUGACAUCACCGCAGGAUUCCGGAACGCUUAAAUACGGAUCGGAGCGCAACAGCACGUUCACACUGAAACCGAAGCGCUGGGAUCGAGAACUGGUGUGUGCCGCACAAAAUCCUGUGAGAGGAGAGAGCUACAACGCCAGCGUCACCCUCAACGUGCAGUUCCAGCCGGAGAUCCUGCGUGUGGACGCUCACUACAGCCAGAGCUCGGACCCCGGACUCGCCCUCAUUCUCUUCGCUUUGGUUCGCUCCAACCCCCCCGCCUCCAUCCGCUGGGUGGACCAGUCCGGUCAGCUGCUGGCCAACAGCUCCGACUUCCUCAUCCUGGACUCACGCAGCUUCCCCUGGCUGACCAAUCACAGCCUGCAGCUCACUCUCAGCAGCCUAUCAGGAAACAUCACCGUGAGCGCCAACAACAGCCUCGGCUCCGCCCACAGCAACCUCACGCUCACAGAGUUCCUUCAGUCUCGUGUGGAGGUGCCGGUGUUCGGGAUCGUGACGGGUGGAGUCGCCGGCUUCAUCACCCUCCUCAUCUUCACUCUGAUGGUGUUCUUCCUCCUCCAGAAGGACAAGACUAAAGAGGAACCUGCCCUGCAUCUCUCCUGCAAACGCAGCAGCGAGAACGGUGUGUAUCUUCCGCGGGAGAACAUGUCUCUUCCGUCUCACGUGCAGCUGAAUGAUGACGGAUCUCUCUGUAAAGGACAGCAGAGCUCCAGACCCAGCUCUCUGGAGAGGAGACGAGCCGAGGACGACGAGGAGGACCUGUCUGCGGCCUACGCUGCCCGAGGUCAGAGGUCACCUGAUCGUGAUCCAGUCCCUGCAGGGUUCGCUCGCUAUCCGAUGGUUGGCUACAUCUACAAGGUCAGCAGCACCAGCAGCGACGAGAUCUGGCUCUGAUUGACCUCUGACCUCUGAACCUCUCAGACAUCGAGCCUCAUUUCUGAGAUCUCACCGUGAUUGACUGACAGCGCUGAAGAACUGCAUUACCCAUAAUCCCUGAUCCGAGAAACCACUGUUACUAUGGAAACGCCAAUCAGAAGCUAUUUCCACAAUAGCUAGACUACAUCAGCUAACUGAUGAUGAUGAUGAUGAUGAUGAGAAAUCAGAGCAAGAGUUAAAAUCACAGACCGACUCAAACACAGGGAAUCAUGGGAUCUGUAGUUCAUUCAGAAGCAACUUUAAUAUUAUUUUUUGUGUUUCUUCAUCAGAUGUGAUCAUUUUCUCUCAGUUCUCGUGUCAUGGUCUUCUCUAAACAUUUAAACAGUAUUUCAGCUGGACAAUGUUUUUUUUUCAUUAGUAGCGUUUUUAAUUAAAAACACAUGUUUAUCAUUUAGUUUCAGAGGAUUCAGAGAACGUUCAAAAGGAACGUUUACACAACGUUUGCAGAACGUUAGCGAAACCUCCUCGUCAGCAGAACGCUCUUCUAGUCUGCACUGAUUCACACGAAACCGUCGGACUGAACAUAAUUACAUGAAUAAUGAAUCAGACAGACUGUACAUGUGUGCUUUCCUCAGUAUUUACCCACAGUUCUUUGCUGCUAUAUGGAAUGCGCAUUGUUUUCGUGAAAUAUAAGGGAAACCUGCAGAUAUGUGAGAGAUAUAUAUAUAUAUAUAUUUAAAUGAAUAUAAAGAGUAUUACCGGUAAGGUGUUAUGAUCAUCUGUGUGUGUAUAUUUACUGUAAGUAUGUUUGUAAAGCUCAUUAUGAAUCUGUAUAUAUGAAUAUAUUUCAUAACGCAUGCCACUGUGUUUCCAUCCAGCAGGGGGCGCUGCUAGUUAACCUCCAGGCUGUUAACCAGAGCCUAACUAGUUCUAGUUAAUUGUUCCAGCGAUUAUCUGUCUCUCGUGAAUGAUCAGUCAUAUGAUGAAAUACCUCAAUAAAUCAUAAUAAGUCUCA